GAAUGCAUUUGCAGCUCAUCGGCAUUCAUGAUUUUUUCACGUCAGCUUACGCUAUGUCGUCUGUUUAGAGUUAGCAGGACUUUUCGUGCACUGAAGAGUGUAAUUCUACUUCCGUUCUUUCUUUUAUUCCGCUAAGUUUUCAGUACCGACUUUUACGGGACUAUUUCUAAAUCAUUCCCCAGCGCAGUCUAAUUUCCGUUUUAUGUCGUUGAUUGGUCGUUAGAAGAAUGUUCAGGAAAGACAUCUGGCGCUACGGUGCAGUGACUGUGAAGACCGAGCAGGACGAGUUGUGGCACGGACUGGUAGCGGAUGUCAACAGCAAGCACGGCUUGACCGUCAACUUCGGGUGCCCGCAGUUCCAGGCCGCACUGGUUCCCUGGGCUAACUUCGUCCAGGGCCGGACAUGGACACCAGAAUCCCGUCUGCAGUUCGGCGGUCCCGCGCUGGCUGUUUACCAGUUGACAAGAAACGUUCCGUGGCGUUGGCAUCGUGCCUGCCUCCUGGCGGGUAGUUCCGAUUAUAAGUACGCUUUUGUGGAGCUGAUCUUGACGGAUGGGACGGUGGUGCGGGAUGUCGUGGGGUGGGAGCGCGUGCAGCCGCUGGCCGAGAUGCCGUCGUGCCAGUGGGAUAAAGCGCCCCACAAAGCCCCUUUCAAAAAGUGUUGGAUCGAGUUGACCGGGGAUCCACAGCUGCUGGCGGUCACCCAACGACCCGAUUUUGUGGAGCAUUGGCUGUCCAGGACGGGUACAAUCGCUCGUGGUAUGCGGGGACGGAGUUUACUGUGUCUGGCGACGUCGAAAGAAAUACCGCGCUUGUUCGCACGGGAGUCUGAAAUUGCGCAAGUGCUUUCGUGGAUUGGUCAAGCUGAGCUGAAAGCAAGAUGGAGUAGGUCUCGUCAGGCGAACAGCGUCAAUGGCACGGAUACGUCGCCGAGCCCUGGCCAUACGAUCGCCAUUGACGCAAACUGCGAAUCUUAUACUCAGCAGCUGCCUGUGGAGGUGUGGGCACGAAUUUUCUCCUUUCUGAAUGCAUACGAGCGAGUUACUGCCAGUGAGAUCUGCUACACGUGGAACCGUCUCCUCAAGUCUCCACCAUUGGCCGUGCGCGUGGAGAUUGAUCUGGACCAGCACAGAGGCGUAACGGUGGCCGGUAUGGUGCAUCACAUGAUCAUGCCGUCUACGAAAACCCUCCUACUGACCAGCAGCGAUGACGAGCGACGCCUGAAACAAUGGCCCAGGGAUUCGCCGCUUCCCAGUCCACUGCACAUUGUGGUCGAUGUUCUGCGCGCCAAGAACCUGCGCGUUCCGCGGAUUGUACUGAAGCGCUGCCGCAUCAGGAAGCAUUCACUGCUGGGAACCGCGAACGGGAGAUCGGAUAUGGCGGCACUGUGGUGUGAGGUAUGUGACCAGCUGACCCUGGAGGAUACGCACAUUCUUCUGACGUAUGAAGACCGAAUGAAUAUUCAGCUGGUUGACCGAUCCAGGUGCUGGGAGAGUUCUGAUCGUGUGCUUUUCUACCGUAUUCAAGGCAAAACCAUCGAUACACGGAUGAAGGACAAGUUAACCCUACUCGAUACUCAAGAAUCGGUUCUGGAAUAUCAACUUCUGUAACCUUAAAUCUGCAAGCUGUUCAUUCGCGUGCUAGUAGCCUAGUAUCACUUGAUUGUUUUUAUGAAGUAUUGCAAUAUCAGCACUAAUAUUUAUAGUUUAAUAUUACAUUUAAUACUUGGUGUUAACCAUAGGCAGCCAGCAUUCGUACUGAUU